AUGGCUAAUGGCCCUCAUGCGCAGCCAGUCGGCGAGGACGCCUGGCUCGCACUGAUCGAGGAAGAGUCGCGCGCCAAGGCCAGAGACAUCUCCAAUCGCAUUGACGUUCUCGAGCGCUACAAGCAGGCAGUCAACGCCGAGUAUGGUAGCCUCAGAAUAUGGAUCGCGUACUGCGACUACUUCUGGUCCCUCUACAUCGAGUGCAAUUCCUACGCGAACAAUGGCUACCGCCUGUCGCAUGAAGAGAAGCUCAUAGGUCGCGAAAUAUUCUCCCUCGACGCUGCGCUGUCCCUUUGGCAGCAGGGCUACGAGUCCAUCAGGUACCGCCUGAGCGACAGCCAUGAGCUGUGGAAUCGUUGGGUCGCCCUAGAGAUGGAGCUUCUGUCAAGUACUCGGACUAACCAGGGUGUACAACGCAUCACUCAUCUAUUCAAGAACCGACUGCAGACACCCCACAAGACCUGGGACGAGACCUCGCAGAUGUUCUCUACAUUUCUAUCCGAGUACAACAGGGCCGAAUACGAAAGCACAAUGAAGGACAUUUCAAGUAGCUCUCAGGAGACGAGGAAACUUUGGGAUGACCGAGAGACAUUCGAGAUCAACUUGAACAGGGCGCGGGCCGAGGGGAAACUCGACGAGGAGAAGACCGUCAUGCGAGAUUACCUUGGCUGGGAGAUGAGACAAAAUAGAAGCAAAGAUGCCUUCCACCAGGGAGUGAUGGUUGAGAUCUGUCUAGGCCUUUACUCGCGUGCUCUGACUGGCAUCUUCUCCAGAGACGACAGCGUCUGGACUGAUUAUGUCGUCUGGGUCUCGUCUCUGUACACCGUCUUCAGCAGCGGCCGCUCCCAGGCCUCCGAUAUGCUGCGUAUCCUCCCGAACCUUUUGGACACUCUUCAGCGUGCAGUCUCGCACUGCCCCUGGGCCGGUACACUCUGGGCGCGCUACAUCCUCAGCGCUGAGGAGGCCGGCCUUUCCUACGACAAUGUCGAACGCAUCAAGCACGCUGCUACUUCCAGCUCUCAGCUCGACCGGGAUGGUAUGGCCAGCGUCAUUGAUUUGUACGCUGCCUGGUGCGGCUUUCUGAAGCGCCGUGCCAUGAACCCAAACGCGACCGAUGAGGAUGCGGAUGUGGCCGAGAUCGGUUUGACCGCCGCCUUGGAAGACGUGCAGGUGUGGGGCAAGCGAUUAUACGACAAUGAGUAUAAGGGCGACCCGAAUUUCCGUCUUGAGCGCAUCCUGAUUCAGUACCUGACCGAGAAGAAAGUCACGGUCGACGAGGCUCGCAAUUAUUGGAACCAGUUGGCCAAGAAAAGCAUCUAUGCCGACAGCUACAACUUCUGGUUGACCUUUUACAUGUGGGAAAUGUCCAUAUUCGAGACUCAAAAGGCAAUGAAUGGUCGAAGUCCAACCCCUGCUUCUCUGGCGUCUAGAGGUCUGCGAAUACCGACCUUGGCCACCAGCAUCCUUGCCCGUGCGGUACAACGACGCACGCUGGACUGGCCGGAGAAGCUCAUGGAAAUAUACGUGCAACAUUGCAACGAUUACGAGCCGCCCGAAGCCGUCCGCCGCGCCAAUGACACCGUGCACAAAGGCCUGAGGGCUGUCGCUGAGCGGAGACAAGAGGAACAAGCAGCAGCCUAUUCUGCGCAGUUGGCACAGUAUCAAGAGCAAGCACAGGCGUCAGCUGUUGCUGAGCAAUCACCGCAAGGUCCGGAUGAUGCGUCUUCGAAGAAGAGGACCAGGGAUGACGUUGCUGACGAAACGUCAGAGAGCUCGAGCAAACGCGUCAAACAGCAAGACUCGGAAGCUGAACAACAGCGCUUGAAACGCGACCGAGAGAACACGUCAAUCUACAUCUCUAAUCUGCCUCUUCCGCCAGAGUCUACCCAGACCAAGGUUCGACAAUAUUUUCGCGAAUACGGGCAUAUCAACAACAUCGUUUACAAGACCGAGAUCGACAGCCAAUCGGCCGUUGCUCUUAUCGAGUUUGCAACCCCUGAGGAAUCGCAGUCUGCACUCCUUCGCGACGGAAAGUACUUUGGCCAACAGCAAAUUAAGGUGGUUCCUGCGACAGGGACCACCCUGUAUAUCACGAACUAUCCCCCGCAUGCUGACGAUUCGUUCAUCCGCAACCUAUUUAAAGAUUGCGGCGAGAUCUUCUCGAUAAGAUGGCCAAGUCUCCAGGCCAACAGCCAUCGGCGCUUUUGCUACGCUACGUUUCGCGACGCGGACGGGGCGGCCAAGGCAACUAAACUUGAUGGCAAGCUGCUUGAAGGCAAAUACAAGCUUGUGGCGAAGUACUCGGACCCUGGCAACAAGAAAAGUCGCGAAGGCGCGGUCGAGGAGGGCCGGGAGGUUCACGUCACCAAUGUCCCUCAGCAGGUUGCAGAGGCAGAACUGAAGACAAUCUUCGAGAAAUAUGGCACCGUCCAGCGCGUUCGCAUUCUCACCACCAAGUCCGGCCAAAGUCGCGGCACUGCCUUCGUAGUCUUCACGACAAAAGAGCAGGCCGAGGCGGCUGUCGCAGAGCUGGACCAGACAAAGUUGAAGAACAACAUACUUAAGGUGGAAAAGUCUGUGGCCAAGAACUUCAAGCCUGUGUCUAGAGCUGGACCUUCGAUGUCGCCUUCACCAAGUCCCAGUGUUGCGAAGGACGCGGAAGGUGAUAACACCAUGUUAGACUAUGAUGAUGUUCAGGCCAAGCCCCAGCAGGCCAAGUCGGCGGAGCGAACUUUCGCGCUCAUCGGCCUACCCGACACAAUGAAUGAUGCCCGUGUCCGGGCUUUGGUCGAAACUCAUGGCGAGCUUGUCAAACUCACGCUUCGCCAUGACCACGGCGGUGCCAUCCUCGAAUUUGUCGAUGCGGUCGCGGCGGGAAAGGCCCAGUUGUCCCUGGAUGGCAUUGAGGUCGAAGGUCGAAAGCUCAGAACGGGAUCCGUUUCCGACCUUUUUCAAGAAAAGGGUGAGGUCAGGAUCGACCGUAUUGACCAGAAGCCAGCUGCGCCAGCUCCUGCUCCAAACAACAGCAAGAGCAAAACUGCCAGUGCGAUGAUGCCACCUCCUUCAACGGUGGUACGUCGGCCGGUGCUUGGGUCCAAGGGGCAGAAACGCGGGCUUGGAUUCGGAGGUGUCAUCAACAAGGAACAAAAAGCGGAGCCGUCGUCAGCUCCUACGACAAACGGAGAGAACGGCGUCUCGUCUGAGACCCCUGCCGGUGGGAUGAAAAGCAACGCUGAUUUCCGAGCGCUUUUACUAGGCAGUGGACCAAAGAAGGACGUAGUGGCCCCGUCGACUGCAGACACGAAGGCUACUGAUAAUGGAGAUACCAAUGAUGGUGGGAACGACAACUAG